UUUUGAAUAAAGUCCAGUUACUUAUAUUCAGAUACACCUGAUCAACACUUGUCCUUCUCAACAUAACGCGUGGGAAGUCACCUUCAGCGCAGUCCCCUCAACAAGCAAUUCCGCUCGCGUCGACCGCGUCAAACCGCCGGGCCAAUCCUGCUGUCUUUCAACGGCCCACCACCGCCCUGCCAUCCCACCAUUCCAGAACGACUGGCCAGACCGGGUGACUCCAUAGUCCUUGAAGUGCCCAGAUAAGCUGUGAUGCCUCCGCGCAGUACCCGGAAAGCAGCCUCAACCGCAGUGGCGACUGAGCCGCCACGCUCUCCCGAACCGGGAGGCAACAAGCGCAAGCCCGACGAAACUCAGGAACAAAGCUCCCCGCUACGAAGAUCGAAGCGCGUCAAGUCUGUCGAAGGCCUCGGAACGCAGUCGCCGUCCGGCAAAGCCGCUGCGCGCACAGCACCGACCGAAUCUGCUGGAAGCCCCAAGGCGACGCCGAGGAAAUCUGGUGGUCGGGUCGUUUCGGUGAAGAAGGAGAUUGAGGAAGAAGAGACGGUCUCGGUUGAGGCAGAGGUUGUCGACGAUAACAAGGUCAAGGACGAAGAAGCGGAUGAGAAGCCGAAGGUGAAGGCCAAGGUUACGAGGAAGAGAAAGACCAAGGAAGAGAUCGAGAUGGUACCAUUGAGGGCGCGCACGCAGGGUCUGCGCAUGUGCGUAGGCGCUCAUGUCAGUGCUGCCAAAGGUGUCUUCAACGCGGUUCACAACAGCAUGCAUAUCGGUGGCAACGCCUUUGCCCUAUUUCUCAAGUCCCAGCGGAAAUGGGACAAUCCAGCCCUCCAAGAUGACCACCGCGACCAAUUUCGCAACCUCUGUAUAGAGCACAAGUACGACGGCGCAAAACACAUCCUUCCCCACGGCUCCUACCUCGUGAACCUGGCCCAAGAAGACAAAACCAAAGCCAAGCAAGCAUAUGACGCAUUUCUGGACGACCUCCGCCGCUGCGAAGCCCUAGGAAUAACCCUCUACAACUUCCACCCCGGCAGCGCCAACCAAACCUCCCACGCCUCCGCCAUAACCCGCCUCGCCGCGGCCCUAACCUCCGCGCUCGCCGCCACCAGCACCGUCACGCCGGUGCUCGAGACCAUGUGCGGCCACGGCAGCACAAUAGGCGGCUACCUGCACGAAUUCCGAGACAUCCUCUCCCAAAUCCCUAAAGAAUACCAUCACCGAAUCGGCAUCUGCAUCGACACCUGCCACAGCUUCGCAGCGGGGUACGACCUCGCCAGCCCCUCAGGAUUCGCCUCCUUCAUGCAAGAAUUUUCCGACGUAAUCGGGAUCCAAUACCUGCGCGCUUUACACCUGAACGACUCGAAAGCACCACGAGGCAGUAAACGCGACUUACACGCCAACAUCGGCACGGGAUUUCUGGGCCUGCGCGCAUUCCAUAAUGUUAUGAAUGAGCCGCGGUUCCAAGGGUUACCGAUGAUUCUGGAGACGCCGAUUGAUAGGCCUGAGAGUGAAAUCAAAGGUAAUGAGGAGGGGGAGGAGUCUCCCAAGGCUAAUAAGAAGAAGAAACCGGCUGGGGCUUCUGCGAAGAUGGUACCGGAUCAUAAUGUCUGGGCGGGCGAGAUCGCGCUGCUUGAGUCGCUGAUUGGGAUGGAUCCUGAGGGAGAGGAGUUCCGGGCUUUGGAGGCGAGGUUGUCUGAGGAAGGGCGGGAGAUGCGCGAGAAGCAGAUGGAGCAGUAUGAGCGGAAGUUGGAGGCGGAGGCGAAGAAGAAGGAGAAGGCGAAGGCGAAGGAGGAGAAGGGGCAGAAGACGCUGAUGGAGAUGAUGAAUGGGGGUGGGAAGGCGAAGGGGAAGAAUACAAGGGCGAAGAAGGGAAAGGCAGCGGAGAAGGAUGAGAGUGAUGAGGGGAGUGAUGAGGAGGGGUGUCAGAGUUGUUCGGAGUAGUUUCAUGUAUGUAUAGUGCUACGUAUGGAGUAUCAAAAAUGUAUCAAUAGAUGAUGUACGAAUGGAAGGGUUCUGGG